AAACGUACCAAAAAAAUGAGCCUCGACCUAACGCUCGAAUCGGGUGAGGAAAUUCGCUUCCUCAACAAAAUCAGGACCACCAUAAAACAGCUCAGCAAACAAUGCCGUUUCACCACACGCGAGCUGGAGAUAGCCCUCCUGAUUUACUACAAGCUGCUCAAGGAUGAAAUCGAUGAAGGUGGUAGCAAAACUCCUCAAUACAUCAGCCGGCAGCAUUUUACUACGGUGUUCAGCACGAUGUUUGGCAUUUCGGACAGGGAGACUCUGCGUCGGAUGUAUGCGGCGUUGGACAAAGGUGCAACGUCGUAUGUAACAAUGGAGACGUGGGUCAAAACUCUGUCGCUGUUUCUGCGUGGAUCGUUCGAGGAGAAAAUCAAAUACUGUUUCAAGGUGUAUGAUCUACAGGGCGAUGGAGUCAUCACGAGGGAACACAUGAUGCUGCUGAUGCGAUCUGUUUUCAUAAAACACCAGGUGGAGGACGUGGAGGAAGCAGUGAAGGAGUUCGUCGAUAUUCUAUUGCACAGGAUGGAUAUUGAUCGUGAUGGAGCGAUUUCAUUCCAGGACUACCAGGAAACGGUUAGAGCGAUACCCGAAUUGUUAGAGUGCUUUGGCCAGGCGUUGCCAGACCGCUUCCAUGUCUAUGCUUUUUCGAGAACCUUUUUGGACCGCGUACGAAAAUUUUAACGAGAUGGAUCGAAAUUGUGAAUGAUUUUAUAAGAUGAAUAUAUUUAUAUAAUGA